AUUUCGUUACCUAGCUAGCUCAGAUCGAACUAUCGAUUCGAUCCAAGGCAGCAAGGCACCACAGUCCACUAGCCGCGUACAAGGCUUCCUGUCUAGCUAGACCCCAAUCGAGGUAGUGGCGAUGGAGAUGAUGUCGGCGAACGGCGGCGUGGAGCGGGAGCAGCAGGGCGUGGGGCGGCGCUUCCAGAUGCCGCUGCACUACCCGAGGUACACCAGGGAGAACUACGAGGCCAUGCCCGAGUGGCAGCUCGACCGCCUCCUCUCCGACUACGGCCUCCCCGUCCACGGCACCCUCCACCACAAGCGCAACUUCGCCAUCGGCUCCUUCCUCUGGGGCGCCGGCGGCAACUGAUCGACCUCUACUCUUCCUACCCGCCGUCUAUGGACCUUCAAGCCGCUAGCGCACCUACGAGAAACCUGAGAAUCGACGUCGGAAAACGUCCAACGACGCCCAGCGUACAGUCGGGUGGGCGCGCGCUGGUCGGGUAACGGUGAAAACCAUGGCGAUGAUGCACUGUAUCCGUAUAUAGAGUAGUACUACGUAGUAGAAACUAGCUUGGAUCUGGUAAUUUGUUUUUUAGAGAAAUGUAAUGGGCCUUGCUACACAGUGCCCUAGCACUAAUUAGUCUUAGGGAGUGCUCUACCCAAAUACGGAAUAAAAAAGGGUCCGACAUCGUGCACCAUCCAAAAAUAGAA